AUGAGCCCGGAGCUCCCAACCGAAAUCAUAUUCUCCCAUAUACUCCCACGGCUACCACCAAAGGAUCUGAUGAUGCAGUGCAGGUGCGUAUGCAAGUCUUGGUCCUCCCUCAUCUGCAGCCCUUCCUUUGUUGCCGACUUUUGGAACGACAGAAACAAGAGCACCACUAACUUCCUUUUCCAAAAGCAAAACUGCUUUUUCUCCUCAAAAAUAGAGGAGAAGGAGCAACAAGGAGGAGGGAAUAAUAAUAAUAACAGGGUUCUAAUACCAACACCCGUCACCGAACUUUCAUACCUGAGUCGAUGUGAAGCUUUUCAACUUUAUAGAUAUGAUGGAGCGCAAAGCGUCCAUGGCUUGGUUUGUUCAUCCUCUAGUUAUGGUGGCCCAGUUUUCAUACUUAACCCCAGCACUCGAGAGUCCAUUCAACUUCCCCAUGUCAAGCACAAUGCAUUAGUUGUAUAUAACUUUGGCUUCAGUCCACUUACCAAUGAGUAUAAGGUUCUCCAGCUCAUCAACUUUCAUAAUUCAGGUUUUCAGUUCAACGCAUUCACGCUAGGUCAGGAUUCUUCGUGGAGACCAUUGCAGGUUGACCCUGCAGCAGGCGACGUUGACCUUCCAUUUAAAAUAUUGGCUGUUGCCAGAAGUCCUAACAGUGUGUGCAUCAAUGGGGCCAUACACUGGAUCGAUAAGAGUGAAAAAAACAUUGUGGUAUUUGACGUUGGAGAGGAGAGCUUCAGUGUGGUGCCACUCUCUGAAGAUUGUGCUCAAGACUUAGUUGACUAUGAUGCUAAUUUUCCAAGUAUAGUUGAGGUGGGAGGAUGUGUGGCUGUGUUUGUUGCGAACCGGUGGGAACAUAACAAGAUAAUUUUAUGGAUUUUGAAAGACUACCAAAACCUUGUGUGGGUUAAGGAGACUAUUACUAUUGGUGAGAUACCCAAAAAAACAAUCUGCGGUGAAGUUUUGGGCACAAUUCACACAGGUGAGCUAGCCAUAAUGCUGGAAGUUGUCGACUCUCCACUCCAAUUACAUCUUUAUAAUAUGAAGAGCAAAAGAUAUAGAAUAUUUGAUUUUGUUUGGCCUGGGUUUAUGGCAAAGCCCCACGGAAGACCAUUGAUUCAGUUAGUUUAUAGUGAUAGCAUUGUCCCCUUAAAAUGA